AGAGCAAGGAAGAGAAACAACAAAGUGUGCAGAAGAAGAAAGAUUUGCGUGAUCGGAGGGAAGCGGAUAAGUUCCUCUCGCUAGAGGACACCAAAACGGUGGGUUCGAUGACACCAGCGGAGCGCCGACAACAACGACUAGAUCAGAAGAUGGACCAUGCUAAGAUGCUGAAGGAGCAAACGCAAGCUCUCGAUGAGGAAGUGAGAGAUAUGAAAGCAGCCUUGCAAGAAGUGCAAAUGGAGCAGGCAUCACCUGAGCUCUUUCGGAGCAUCACUGUGGCGGAGAAGCCUUUAUUGAACAUAUCACAGAUGAGCAUUCUCAAUGCUACGACUGUCAAUUUCUCCGUGUUCGAUGACGGUCUGGCAGGAGCGUGCCAAAAAGCAAUUCAACUGAGAGGGAAGAACUGGACAGUGAAUAAAGACGGGAAUAAAAUCAGCGUUGUCCUUCCGAAAGUCACGCGAGAAGUUCGGAAUGAGUGUCUCAACCGGUGCAAGGGUAUUCUGAAGAAGUACCAGAGGAACAUCAAUUCGAUCAGAGCCACUAUGCUGGAGGAAAAUCGCCGAAUGAUGCCCUCGACCGAAAUGGAGAAGACUGAGGCAGCGAAGAUCGACAAGAUAUACAAGCAAAGAGCUGACCAGCUCGUAGUACUUUUGAGGGAGAAGGAGCAGGCACUGUCCAAGGCUACAUGAUCUUGCGUUGUUGUACGUGAUGAGUUUCUGGCAAUCGCUGAGCCGUGUUCAUAGUUACGAGUA